UGAUCGCAUACGUUCGAUUCAAUUCAUGUUUGAGAUAUGAAGAUCACAUGGCUUCCACUCAUAGGCUGCGUGAGAUAUGAAAUUCAUACAGUAUGUCAUUAUCAUGUGACUCAUAGGCAGGGAGAUCAAUCCAGGCAUAGCAUUCCCAGCCUUGUGACCGGGCAAAAGCAGCAACAGCCUUGUGACCUGGCAUUUCUUGGCUUGUUCCACUUUUGUGACCUGGCAGUCAGCUUUGGAUUUCAAGUGCUUUCCUCAUUUGGAGUGUUGUAGGGCCAUAGGGAGUGUUUUGAAAUCCAUGGCGGAGAUCGAGCCCAUGAGGGAUGGAAAGAUUGUGGAUGGCAAGAUUGCACUUUCCACAUCCCUAUGGGACACCAGCCUCGAAAUGCCUCCGCGUCAGGAUGCCUCCGAGGUUGAUGGAAGGGAUGCCAACACGCCGGACAAAUGGAUCAAGAGGCACCCAGAGAUGCUGCGAAACACUGGUGCACAUCCCUUCAACUCGGAACCACCCCUGAAGCGCUUGCAAGAGGCAGGUUGGAUCACACCUCCUUCUUUGCACGUGGUGAGGAACCAUGGUGCUGUGCCACAGCUUUCCUGGUCUGAGCAUCAGUUGAAAAUCACUGGGGUGCCAAAACCAGUGAACCUCAGCAUGGAGCAGAUCGCGUCUGGAGAGUGGGGCACCAUUGUGUCAAUCCCUGUGACCUUCAUUUGUGCUGGCAACCGUCGGAAAGAGCAGAACAUGACCAAGAAGACGGUUGGCUUCGACUGGGGUGCCGGAGCCGUUGGAAACUCUGUUUGGACAGGAGUGCGACUCUGUGACUUGCUGGCCGCAGUGGGCAUCACUCGCCCUUCCAAAGAGCAUCGCUUUGUUCAUUUUGAAGGUCCUUUGGGUGAGUUGCCUCAAGGCAAAACAGGCUCCUACGGAACUUCCAUUGACUUGGGCUGGGCUCUUGACAGAGAGCGAGAUGUGCUGCUGGCUUUCAAGCAAAACGGAGAGCUGCUGACACCGGACCAUGGCUUUCCCUUGCGCACGCUUUUGCCUGGCUGCAUCGGCGGUCGCAUGAUAAAGUGGCUCACCAGCAUGUGGGUUUCAGACAAACCUUCUGAAAAUCACUACCAUUACUUUGACAACCGUGUACUCCCACCCCAUGUAGACGCAGACCUUGCAUGUGCGGAAGGGUGGUGGUACAAACCCGAGUACAUCAUCAACCACAUGAACAUCAACUCCGCCAUGUUUGAGCCGCGGCACAACUCUUUCGUUAAAGAAGUGAGCUUUCCCAAGACUCUGAAGGUUUCAGGAUACGCAUACACUGGUGGGGGCCACAAGAUCAUCCGUGCAGAGAUCUCUUUGGACUCAGGGAAGUCUUGGGAGAUCACAGAGCUUUCCAGGCCAGAAGAUGAAAUUGCCGAAGCCCGUGGCACUGACAAGCAUUGGUGUUGGGCCUGGUGGGAGACUGAGGUCGACAUGAGCCGGCUUUUGGACAGUAGUUGCGAAGAGAUUUGCUGCCGUGCCUGGGAUUCCAAUCAGAACUGCCAGCCUGUGCAGCUGACAUGGACUGUGAUGGGCAUGUUGAACAAUCCCAUAUACCGCAUCAAGAUUCACCGUGAGAACAACAUGCUUUGGUUCGAACAUCCAACCCAGGGUUCCAUGCCUGGUGGUUGGAUGACUGAUCAAGCAGGCCAAUUCAACGAGAACUUUGCGGUUGAGGCCACACCGGGCAAGAGUGGAGUAGCGCCUCUACGCCCUGUGGCAGCAGUGUGGAAGGGUGCCAAGAUAGACUCAGUCAGCGCCGCCAGCCCUUCCAGUCAAGAUGCCUUCAAAACUACCAAGGCAGGCAAGCUGGUGCAGUCCACCGAUGAGUGGCUUUCUGGCAUUAGCAUGGAGGAGGUCAAGAAACACGACAACGAAACGUCCUGCUGGUUUGUGGUGAAGGGCAACGUGUAUGACGGCACGCCGUACUUGCAAGAUCAUCCCGGCGGCGCUUCAUCCAUCCUUCUCGCUGGCGGUUUGGAGGCCACCGAGGAUUUUGAGGCAGUUCACUCAACACGUGCUUGGGAGAUGCUGAAGGACUACUACAUCGGACCUUUGAAGUCGCAAAAAGCUCAAACCUUGGCAAGGCCUGGCCAAGAUUUGGUCAAACUUCUCUCAAUAUUUGCUUCACUCGGCCUGUGUUUGGUCUUUUGGGUCAGAUUUGGAAGGUCUUCCUCGAGAGAGCCAGCAACUUCAGCUUUUAGAGACAAUUGUGGUCAACCAUGACACGCGUAUCUUCCGCUUCAAGCUUCCGUCUCCUUCAAUGACUUUAGGGCUUCCUACUGGCAUGCAUAUGACGCUGAAAGCCAAAAAGUCGUGGUAAGCCUGUGAUGCGUGCUUACACACCAAUGACAGAUGACAGCACUCUUGGUCAUGUGGACUCAUGUGGACCUGCUUGUGAAAGUGUACUUCAGAGGUGUGAACCCAAGCUUUCCAGAGGGUGGCAAGAUGUACUAGCAUUUGGAAAGCAUGAAGAUUGGGAACGCUAUUGAUGUCAAGGGACCCAUCGGUGAGUUUGUCUACCAAGGAAGAGGCCACUGCAUCAUGAAUGGCAAGCCACGGUUUGUGACAGACAUCUCUAUCAUUGCACGUGGUACUGGAAUCACACCAUGCUACCAAGUUCUGGCAGCAAUUCUCCGAAGUGCGCCUCCUCUUUGCCAACCGGACACCUGAUGACAUUCUUGCCCGAGACAUCCUUGAAGGAUUGGCUGCAGAGCAUCCGGAUCGCUUCAUGCUGAGCCUGGCUGAGCCUUACUGUUGACAAAGCUCCGUCUGAGGACGAAAAGAACGUGAGCCCAUCAGCAGCUAAGAAUUUCGUGCCUGAGUGGAAGGGGCACGUGGGCUUCGUGAAUACGGCGAUGGCAAAAGUGUCCCUCUUUCCUGCCAGCGAGACGGGCAUCUGCUUGAUGUGUGGGCCGCCUGUGAUGCUGGAGAAGGCCUGUGUGCCUGCCUUGCAUGCCAUGAAAUAUGACGAUGCCCAGAUGUUUUCCUUCUGAGGCUCCAAAUUAGAGUUGACAGAGGUGGUGUGGUCAGAAAGCUUUCGUGCUGCCCUGCCUUCAGUACAGCUGCAAAGAGGAGAGAAGCUCUUUGUAGAGUGUGUGCCCUUGCAUGGAGUGCAGGGCCAUCAAGGUCAUCGUGUCCACCGCAGCGUUUCCUUAUAUAGGAAGACGGAAGACGUGAAAAAGGGAGCUUUGUUUCGAGACUGCAACAUGCCUCAGAGUUGCGGCAGGUGGCCGUUGUUCUGUUUUCACCCUUUUCCGUGAGACGUCUCAGCUUGAACUCAGCUUGCCAAACGUGUGACCCCGUCGGGUUUUCUGCCGUGCCCGGUGCCACCGACCGGCCCAGGCGGCGAGCGGUGGAACACGACGUGUAUAAAACCUGGCCGCUGCUGAAGCCACACAGGCGGACGCACCAGACCGACCCAGGAGGGCGCCGCCUUGCGCGCGCCGAAGCGCCGCCUUGCGCCUUGCCUUCCAGUGGAGCCAACGGUGUUGUCAACCACAGCUGAGAUGGCUAGAUCUGCGUGGGAACGACUUGGCGCCAAACACCCGAAGUGCCUUGAGCCGCCUCAAGUUCAAGUGCCUGGAGACCAUCUACAUGGACAAUUGGACGAUCUCCUACGCUACGCCUUUGAGUUGCUGAUUGGCUACGCUACCCUACGCCUUUGAGGUUCUUGAGGAAAAUCCAAAG